AUGGCCAUGGCACGAAUGCUCGGAGUGGUGUGCGGGGUGGCUCUAGGAGUCUUCGCCUUUGUGGAGACUCAAAAGGUCAUGGCAAAGGAUCCUGCGAUCCAAAAGUUUCAAAAGUUCUGCAUCGCAGGAAAUGCUACUGCACUUGAGCAGGCGGGCCUCCAUGACUAUGAGCCCAUGCUGGGUGGCCCCUUCAUUUGCAUCCUCACAAAUUUCGUCUACGUGCUGGCCGCUGAGCCAGCUGGUCUUCUGGUUUGGGGUCUCAUUUCCACGCUGGUGUUCCCCUUAACACUGCUGAUCUAUGCUGAAGCCGGCCGCGGCGGCGCGAAGGGGCCGGUGAAAUGGCCCAUCAUGACCCUGCUGUUGGGCCAACUGCUGGGCAUCAGCGUGAUUUUUCCAUCCUUCUGGGUCCCCAGCGCCUUGCUGGGCCAGGGAAGUGGCUCCACAGUGAAGGGCCGUGUUUGGAUGGCCAUGUUUUUGGUGCUGCCGAUUACUUUGGUGGAAGCUUUCGUGUUCUUCGGCGAUGCUCAUUCGAGGGCAUGGACACUUUGUGCUGGCUUGCUCACUGGUCCUGGCUUGCCUUUCCUGGGCGUCCUCUUAUGGCCUUUCCCAGCGCCCGAGAAACCGGACGGAGCAGCCAUUCGAUCUUUGGCAGGAGCCUACCGCGUCUUCGGACUGCUGGCCGCCCUAGGAUAUUACUUUCUCAUCUACCAGGGGCUCCAGGCCUUCUCCACCUCCGCCGACUUCCUGGACGCCAUUUGGGGACCCAAGGCCCACGGCUCCGUAGCCUUCAUGACGGUGGACUCCGGCGUGCUUUCCUUGGCUUUGCUCUUGUACGUGCUGAUGACCUGUGAUACUUUAUCCUCCAUCCUAGCGUUGCUGCUGACGCCUUUGCUUGGCCCCGGCUGUGCGGUGGCUUUCGCGCUCGCGCGCCGCGAGAGGAUGCGACUGGCAGAGCUGGCUGGUGAGGGACGCCAAGUUGAUGGAUGGACCUUGCCAUUCGCCAUUUUGGUGAACGAUGGCCGGGAAGCUCAACAGCAUAAUGGCUCAGUGAAACUGGAUGUGAAAGUUGCCAAAGUGGGCAGCAGCUCGCAAUGCAACGAUGUUCUUUGCCCCCGCUUGACGGAAGAGUUCCUCGGAAAGCUUUGUGAGUGCAAACCUGUGCUCCCCCAUGGAAGCCGGACCCCACCGAGGCAUCGAAACUGGAUGCGUUAUAGCGUGUGGCAGAUUCUGCCGGCUUCGACUGUCAAGACCUUGGAGAUUGAAAGCAGUAUUGCGACCGAAGGCAUUGCUGAGCUCACGGAAAAAGCAAACAUGUUGUAUCAUUUGGGUUUUGAUGGAAUUUCCCGUGAGGCACCGCAGGUCUCUGCAGGUGUAGAUGGUAAAGAUGGUGUCCCGAACGCGGCCCGGCGGCAUUUCGGCUUCAACUUGAAAGGGGUAAACCUCCUUCAAGCACCCCAUUCCUGUCACAUCUUCCAUACCGAAGCGAUGGGGCGAUCCCAAUCGCUGCCCACCUUGCUUUCGUUCUGCCUCGGUGGUGUGGCCUUUUUCGACUUCUUCGCGACACAGAAAGACGCGCCGGAGAAGGGCGAGGUGCCCACGGCCAGCUAUGGCCAGCUGAAAGUGCUGAAUGGCCUCCGGAAAUGGGACAAAGCCGAGGAGAGAUGGACACAGUACUCCAGGGAGACUGGCUUUUCCGAUUCGACGAUGCCAGCCAACUUGGUGCAAGACUUCAUUCUGCAGCCGGAGAACUACAAGACCAACCUCUUGAAGAGCCUCUCAACUGAAGCUGGAGACAUGCUAACCCUGUUCCGUUCUUCGCAUGCGCUGGUGACUCCGAGUUGGAGGCCUCCCUUGGAGCCCCCCAAACCUCCAGGCUUUGCCUCCUUGGCCAAGCUCCCAUCGCUUCAAGUGGAUGCUGACGAGGACGAGAUGGAGUAUGGAGGAUUCAUGGACUCCAACCGCUUCGGCAUGGUGAAGAGUGACAAGCAGCUGGAGGCCCAACAAGCUGAGUUAGCAGGCCAAGUGCGGAGAUUCAUCGCAGCCAAGUCUGAAAAUGCUGCAGAAUGGGAAUCCUUUUGCUUGGACCGUUGGGACCCGGACGACGCGGACAGCCGCGCCGUGCGCGGCGAGAUGGCUAGCCGCAGCGAGUUGGGGCGCCGCAAGACGGCCUUGGAGUCCUGGUUGGACGCGGAGACGGGCAAAGCACCGCCUUCGGGUGAGAAGUGGGGCGUUUGAGAACGAAGAUUUGGCGCUUGACUUGGUCAGUGCUGUGGAGAAAAGCUCAGACAGUUGGAAGUUGGUCCCUGAGAGGAAGUUGGUCCCUGGGAUGUUUUAGUACUGCAUUUCAUAUCGCAUGGCGUCACAUGGUCAUAAAGAGUGCAGGGCUAGGCAAGGCCACUCGCAUCGACUCAAAC